GCCAGGCGGCGGCUGUGAGGGGGAAGUGACGGUUCCUGCUGCAGACGCGGGGCAAAGGGAGGGGGAGAGACGGGGCAGGGGGUGUGCGUGUGGAGGGUCGGGCUGGUCCUAGCGCCCAUCUUUUUGGUAAGAGGGGAAAAGGGGGGAGGGUAGGAAGAUCCGGAGAAGGGCCCAUUUCCCAGGGAGGGAAAGUCGAGGGGUUGGGGAGAAAGAAAGGGGUCUCCUUUCUUCCCUGGGGAAGAAGGCAUAUUAGAUCCUGGGAGGGGAGCCUGGAAUUCGAGGCAGCUAAACCAAGGGAGAGGGGUUGGAGGGGUGGGGGAUCUGCCACCCCAUGAAAGGACAUGCCACACCAGGCCUGCUGGGUGAACAGGAUUGGUGCCCUGUCCUUCAGCUGAGGGGCAGGUGACCCCUAGUCAGAAAGGGAAGUGCCACAGACUUGAGUGCGGGACAAGUGAGCUAGGCUAGAGACAGGGCAGUGGGGGUGAAGCCAAAGUUGAGAGGAAAGUAAAAGGGAGAGUGCAAUAGGUUUUGUUGGGUGUGCAGGAAGCGCCCCCACCCCCGACAGUCCGUCACCGGUGCCAGUCCAGGAGAGGAGCCCUCAUUCUCCACCAAUGGAUUCUGGUUGACAACUGGUGAGGGACCGGCCCUGCUUUCUUCAUGCCCCUUCACCGCCCCUACCUGGAAAUAUGAUCAGCGCCCCAGAUGUGGUGGCGUUUACCAAAGAGGAUGAGUACGAAGAGGAGGCGUAUGAGCCAGGCUUGCCUGAGGAAUACUCUGUUCCGCUCUUCCCUUUUGCCAGCCAUGGGGCCAACCCCUGGUCCAAGCUAUCAGGUGCCAAGUUCACCCGGGACUUCAUCCUUAUAUCAGAGUUCUCGGAGCAAGUGGGACCCCAGCCCUUGCUCACCAUCCCAGAUGAUGCCAAAGUUUCCGGCACCUUUGAUCUCAACUAUUUUUCCCUCCGCAUCAUGUCGGUGGACUACCAGGCUUCCUUUGUGGGGCACCCUCCUGGAUGCCCUUACCCAAAGCUGAACUUCGUGGAGGAUUCUAAAGUAGUUCUGGGCGAUUCCAAGGAAGGAGCUUUUGCUUACGUGCAUCACCUGACUCUCUAUGAUCUUGAAGCGAGAGGCUUUGUCCGGCCUUUCUGUAUGGCCUACAUUUCUGCCGAUGAGCACAAGAUUAUGCAGAUGUUUCAGGAGCUCUCUGCGGAGUUCUCUAAAGCAUCAGAAUGCUUAAAGACUGGCAACCGAAAAGCUUUUGCGAAUGAACUGGAAAAAAAGCUGAAAGACCUUGAUUACACUAGAACUGUUUUGCACAAUGAGACUGAAAUCCAGAAGAAAAACAACGAGAAAGGUUACUACACCACACAAGCCAUUGAGAAAGCCAACGAACUGGCUAGUGUUGAAAAAUCUAUCAUUGAGCAUCAAGAUCUUUUAAAACAAAUCAGAUCAUAUCCUUACAGUAAGCUGAAAGAUUCUGAUUUUCACCCUUAUGAGCCAGAGUGUGAGACAGAGCAAGUUGAUGAUAGUUCCGAACAAGGAUUUACUACCUCGAAAUCUGAUGAACCCAGUGAAACACACCUUUAUCCUCGCCAGUCCUCUUACAUCCCGAAACUUAUCAAGGCAAAAUCUGCCAAGUGCUUUGACAAGAAACUCAAAACCCUUCAGGAACUGUGUGAUGUUUAUUUUUUCACCCAGACUCUAGAUCAGUUACAUCAAAUUGAGAAAACGUUCAGAGGUGACGUUUGCUACCUCUUGACCAAUCAGAUCAGCAGAGCACUUUUGCAGCAGCAAACUAUUACCAACUUCCUUUUUGAAGACAUGUCCCUCGUUGACGAAAGACCACCUGAAAGGCAUUUAAAUGGCUACCAGGGACCUAACGUAGACAGCCCCAAUCCCAAAGGUUUGGAAGUCUGCCUUAUUCCUAAAACGUUAGUCAGCUUGGGAUCUUACAAAUCCAGUGUUGAGUCUGUGCCUAUAAAGAUGGAUCAGGAGAUGGAAGACCUGCGGGAAGCAGAAGUCACUGACCCCGUUACUUACGACCAUCACGACAACCUUGAGUACCUCGGUGCAGAUCUGAAAGGAAGCGUUAGUAGUGGUGAAAGCAUUGAGGUUUUGGGGACGGAAAAGUCUGCUACUGCCCUGAGCCAAUCUGAAACCCAGGCAAGCAUGCCGCAAGCCCACCCAAGUCCACAAGUGGUGAGGAGCAAAGCUGUCAGCCGAAGGACCAUAAGUGAGGACAGCAUCGAGGUCCUUAGCACAUGUCCCUCAGAAGCUCUGAUUCCUGAUGACUUUAAAGCGAGCUACCCAAGUGCCAUUAACGAAGAGCCUUAUGCAGACGAAGAAGAUGAAGGUUUUCGCUUUAGCCCUGUUUUAAAUCAUCCAGACAACACGGAAGGCAACACUGAACCAGAAAACCUGCUCCCUGUGGACUCUGCCUGUUGCAUUGGAAAAGAGAGUCCAAAUUUUCUCGAGCCUCCGUCCAACACGGUUCCCAAACAUUGCGAUGGUGACAGUGUGGUCAGUAUCCCGCCCCAGCCAUACCGGCAAGGGGACCAGGGGUUUCACGUGAAUUUCACGGACUAUUCUUCCCACGACGGCGUCUUGGGAGGCCUCCUCACCUAUGAACUCGACCCACAUUAUCUCUCGAGCAGCAGAGAGCCGAGUAAAAUGAGCCUGGAUAAAUGCUCAGACUCCACGAGCUACAUCAGCAGCACGGCCUCCACCAGCUCAGACAGGACUCCUUCCCCUGCCCUUCCUGCUUGCCAUUUCGGAGAAAGGCACAAGAAGAAGUCAGGGCAAAAUGCACUGAGGUUCAUCCGGCAGUAUCCCUUUGCUCACCCUGCAAUAUAUUCACUACUGAGCGGCAGGACUUUGAUAGUGCUGGGGGAAGACAAGGCGAUCGUGGAGAAGCUCGUCACCGCACUCUCUAUUUUCGUUCCGAAUUGCGGUGCGUAUGCCAAGCCGGUGAAGCACUGGGCCACAUCUCCUUUGCACAUCACAGAUUUUCAGAAGUGGAAGCUGAUUGGAUUGCAGAGAGCAUCUUCUCCGUCGGGCGUCAACAUGAUGCACUCUCUCUGCCGCUACAGCCGCUACAUCAGCAUCCUGGAUGCCGACAGCAAGACUCUCCGCUGCCCGCAGUACAAAGGGACCCUGAUCCCCAGGCUCGCUGACCACCGCACGCAGAUCAAGCGGGGAAGCACUUACUUUAUGCACGUCCAGACCAUCCUCACCCAGCUGUGCUCCAAGGCCUUUCUGUACACCUUCUACCAUGACCUGCACCUGCCCAUCAAAGAGGGGGAGACGGAGGAGUCUGUGGCAGACCGGCGGCUGAACUUCCUGAAAAUCCAGCUGGGGCUCGCAAACGAGGACAGCAAAGUGGUGCAGUACCUUGCCGAGCUCCUGAAACUGCAGUACGUUCAGGAUCCCGUCCGAGGGGUCAGCCCGGUGCUCAGGUUUGAUUACGUGCCCAGCUGCUUGUACAAAAUUUAAGUCGUGCCCAGCCUGCCCUGCUGCCUCCCCUCCUCACCCGCCGGCUCACCUGCAGGCCUAGACGAUUCCGUGAUCAACACACUAGUUCAUUGAGAACCCAUAGGAUGAUACGGAAGACCCCAGCGUGGCUAAGCCAACCUCAUUAAAAUGAGACUUCCUAAACCUCGGUCACUCCUCUUUGGAAGAGGGGAAGUUCAUUAUCAUUUGCUGCUUAAAGUGGGGAGCAUGUGGGGUGUGUGUGUUUGUGUGUAGCAUCUUUAAGGAGCAGUGGGAUAUAUGACUAUAGGGGAUUUGCAUGGCACGUGGUUGGUGCUGGGUACCUGUGACUGGCACCAAAGACUUGUGCGCAUUUUUACAAACCACAGUGAGCCACAAAAACAUAUUUCAGAAGUAUAUGGGAGUGAAUAGUAGAAGGUGGAGGGGGUUUCAAAAACAACAACUACUAAACGUAAGAAUUCAGAUGUUUCACAAUAGCCAGACGCUGACCCAUCUCUCGGGUCUUUUUGCAGCAUCGGUGGUUGCAACGAGUCCUUGCAUUGUGCAUCGCUGGGGAGUAGAGGGAGGCCCUCCUUGGCUCUCGCGGUCGGGAGGUCUGAUGAAGGCCUUCUGAACCUUGGAAAAGCAAAAGGGGGCAUUGGCGGGGUGUUACGCUGAGCGCUGUGUCUCCGUAGUCUGCUGCACCUGGCUUGCCUCUCCCAGAGGGGAAAAGGACGCCCACAAAUCCUUAUAGCUGACCCUGUUUCUGCAGUAUGGGGGAGAAUGUGAGGGAAGAUGGAGCUGGGGAGGGUGUGCUUUGGACCCUGUCACAUAGGCCAUUGCUCCCAAGAGCACACUGGGAGAGUCCUCUGGGAUUGCCCAGUGCCCUUAAACCUUAGCGCUCAGGUGUCAUCGGGAUUGAAUGUACUGGAUUAGACCUCCCCCCCACCCGCCCCAUGCUUUGUUUGGUACAACCAGCCCCUGGUGGGGACGGGGGUCAGCGCUGGCAUGUGCAGCUUCCAAUUUGGCCUCGCCCUUCCUGAACAUCCAGCCUUUGUAACCGUUUUACUACCUCUGCUGUCGCUGCGCAUUGGGGUGGUUGCCGGUCACGCAGCUUGGACUGGAUGUUGGGGGCUUUGCGUUCCAGCUCCUCCCGAGUCACAAACUCUACCAGGUGCGAUCAGUUUUGAGCCUUUUAAGAAUCUGUCGCUACUCUGGUUGAAUCCGGUAGAGGUUGUGCCGCUUUAUUUCUUUCGUCCUGUGAAAACUUGAGGUCUCCGAUGGGGCCACAUCUCACCUGCGUCUUCUCCCUAGCUGCAGAUAGGUACAGCAGCGGGAAAUCCCAAGUGGGCCGGCUGGCUGAUCAUUUUAGAGGCGGAGGAACAUCUUACUAGUUUUAUUUCCUUGUUUUUUUUCUUUAUAAGCUCUCUUUCUGUUUCCGUGUGUGUCAGGAAGCUGGUGACAAGACACACGUUUUACAAGAGUAACUGGACUUAAGAUAUUUUAAAACCUCUGUUCAAUGCAAUUAUGUGUGACAGAGUUCUGGAACUGAAUGUACCACCAGAUGAAGCUUCAAGGGCGAGUGUCGAGUUUGGUGUUUUAAGAGUACUGGAAAACUUGAUGCAAAGCUGCACUUUGUGUGUGUGUGUGUGUAUAUGUAUAUAUAUAUAUAUAUAUAUAUAAAUUGUUAAUGCUGCACUUUUUAGUUCCUCAAGUAAUGGGUUGGUAGAGGCCACCCGUAUGACACUUUGCUGCUUUGUAUCAGAGAAAAGGGAUCUUGAGGGAACGGCACAGACAAAUUUUGCUUGAAUCUUGCCCUGGUGCACUAUUGUUCUCAAAUAGGGCUGGGAAACCCAGCUACGUUGUCAACCACGAUGGAGUUGCAGGCAAAGCUUUUCUACGAGAGCGGGGUGGGUGGGUGGACAACAUCUUUUGAUGCAGACAGCCCCAUGGUGGCUUCACAGCAGCCAGGCUUCCAAGGCGUGGCCCCGCCUGUCCCUCAGCAAAGCAGGUAGAUAAGUUUCAAAGCUUUUCAGGGAGAAGAUAGCACCCCUGUGCUGCUUUCUACCUCUCCUUCUCUCCCCCCCCCAAAAAAAAAGUCUAUUGGGUGGCUGUUCGUUCAUAAAGAUGGUGGAGGGAAAUCCUUUGUGCUUUGCAGUGAAAUCAUAGCAGCAGUAUCUCCCCAAAUGCUAUCAUUGAGUCUAGUUCUCCCCCUGUACAGUUUAGGAAUAUUUGCCCAUGUUGCGACAUCACCACACGAGUUUCCCCCUUCACCGUUGGUGUUUGGGAGCCACAGUAUAGUGAAUGUCUCUGGAUAUUUCAGGUAAUCAACCUAGCCAGUGGGAUGCCAUUUUUGGCACAUCUAGGUCAGUGUUUCCCAGCCUCGUGCCCUCCAGAUGUUUUGGACUACGGCUGCUACAGCAGCCAGCGUUUGGGGAAGGCUGGUCUAUCCCAAGAAGCCUCUCCAGUUUUAGAUACUUUGCAUUUGGCAGGCUUUUCUUAAGACAUCUCCCUUAAUCUCAAGACCAAGCCUUCAUUUAAUAGACUUUUCCUCCUUUGAUGGUGGGAGGCAAUACUUUCUCAAAUUGCUGAAGGAAUGUGUGUGUCCCUCUGAAGAGAUAGCUUUUCUUGCCUUCCUAAAAAGCCUAGUUUGCACAGUAGCCUUGUGUUCGGAUAUUUCUCCCGCCACCACUGCCAAUACACAAAUGGACACCUGCAGUUUAUUUGGGAUUAUCCCUGUAAUGGAGACACAAAAUCUCACAAGGUCUUCUGGGUGCCCAGGCUUGGGCCCAACAGAGACUUCUGUUCUGAUUUUGCUGAGCAAUGCCUUUCCAUCUGAACAUCUUAAGAAUUUGCCUUUUCAAAGCUUGCACUAUAAGCAGAAAUACAUGAAAGAUCCCUGAGGGACUGAUCUGAAUUCACAGUAGUCCUAUCUACUCUGCCCUUCAGACAGUGUUUAGGGCUUCGGCAUUGCUUAUUAUUUUUGCAGGUGCAAAAGGGACCUGUUACACUUUGCAGGUAUGCCUGACCUCUUGCAUGAUGGAAACAAGAUCCGUGAAUUGCGAGGCUCUGGAAUCGGUCUUGGCGGUUCACGAGCGUGCCAUAGAUUCAGUGGUGUGGCACUGCUGACUUUAAAAAGGGGGGGGGGGGUUCCACAUAUAUGUAGAUACAAGGCCUGCUAGCGAGCACCUUCCUUUUCUCAAGAGCCAAGUCCAAUCACCUGCAGAGCCUUGUAACGCAAACUAGCUUUCUGCUUUCAUGUCCUUAGCCAAUCCCUAACAGAUUGCCAACAUCCCACAGGCUCAAACGUCCUCUUCUGCCCCUUGGUCAGUUUUAAGAGUGGUAUUACAUCCUAGCACUGCCAACCAGCCUCAAAUCCUGGUUUACAAGCUAAUCCUAGUUAGCUAUAAGCUCCUGGCAGAUGUGGUUAAAAGACAAACAAACCAUGAUUACUGCUGGCAGAGAGAAAGGGGAAAUCCAUGCAGGACAGAGUGGGGAGGAGCCGGGUAGAAGCUCCCCCGCUUCCAUCAGUGGUUCUAGCGUCAAGAGGAAGGCAGAUCCUACACCCUUGCCCCAUUCCGCAUCCUCUCAGUAUGAGCUGCUUACGUAACGGAGCUCAUCUAGCCAUUUGGCAAUUGAUGUGUUUGCAGAUCUCUGCUGCUUUAAUCUAGCAAAUAUAACCAUAGGCUGAUCCAUGCGAACAUCACACACAGAGGACAUGAGUGGCCCACAGAUUGAGCAGCUUAGGUACAAUCGGCCCCUUGAGACAUGUGAAUUGGCGUUGGCGCACUACAUGCACGGAGCUGGCGAUGACCUGCUUGCGGACACAACACGCAGGAUCGCGGUCCCCUCUGGGUGCUGUGGAAAGCCCAGGCGCUGGGCCCCAUAAUUCUGCAGUUUCCCUCUUGCCAACCAACUACUUGACCUUUCUCCAUCUUGACUGGACUGGGCUAGCAGCUCCCUGGAAGUAACAACCCCACCAAGUGAUCUUCCUAACUGCAUAUUCCGUUCCUUGUCCGCACUUUUAGGAACACAACACUUUGCGCUUAGGCAGUAGUUAAGAGAGGGAGGGAAACGGGGCAUCUUCACUGAAGAAAAUCUGAAGCAUUCCGUGUCUUAGUGCUGUUAAGGUAUGUACUGCACAAGCGCUUCACCAACAAUACUCAACACCCAGUGACUACAAUGAUAAAAUGUACAUUGGAGGCAGGGGGAAGAAGAAGAAGAAGAAAUUAUUUAUUUGGGCUCAAGAUAUUUUUGAAAUACAAAAAAUAUAUAUAUACUGGUUGUAUUUUUUAAAGCUUAUUUAACCCUUGGCGUAUAUUGUGGUUCAAUUCUUGAUUUUAUUGUGCUUAGUAAAAAAUUGUCCUGACUCU